CGCGGGACACGAAUCUCCCGCGCCGGGCCAGGCCCGGGUCCCGGCGGGCCCACUGCGGACGAAGGCUGCAACCUCCGCCGGGGACACCCAGUCCGCACGCGGCGCCCCUGGGGUCACCUCGCCCAACGCACUCGUGACGCCGCGAGGGGCUGGGCCCAACGGGGACCAACGCGGACCGGCCGUUCGGCCUCCCCGGCCCUCCCAAACGACGCGCAGGAAGCGGGGACCCCCAGCUCAGCCCUCUCCCCUCUCACCCCGCUUCCGGCCGCCCCCCGCCCCGGCCCACUGGGUCUCCCUCAGGACGGCGACGGGGACGCGGAGUGCCGCGUUCGGCCUGGCCCAGCUCCCGAAAGCCCGGGCGGGCUAGACUCGCUGAGGAGCCCGAAAAAAAGCCGGAAAGGGCGCCAGCCACUCACCCGCCACGGGUCCGCUCCGCCGUCGGCUUCAGGGACCGCGCUUCCCGCUCCGGCCCGCAUGGCGGACAAGAAACUGGUGGUGGUGUUUGGAGCCACAGGUGCUCAGGGAGGCUCAGUGGCCCGGACGCUCCUGGAAGAUGGGACAUUCAGGGUCCGAGUGGUCACUCGAGACCCUAGGCAGAGGGCAGCAAGGAAGCUGAGGCUGCAGGGUGCAGAAGUGGUGUGGGGAGACCAGGAUGACGAGGCCAGCAUGGAGCUGGCCCUGACCGGGGCCCAUGCUACCUUCAUCGUGACCAACUACUGGGAAAACUGCAGCCAGGAGCAGGAGGUCAAGCAGGGAAAGCUGCUGGCCGAUGUGGCCAAGCGCCUGGGCCUUCGCUACGUGGUCUACAGUGGCUUGGAGAACAUCAGGAAGCUAACGGCCGGGAGGCUGGCAGCAGGCCACUUUGACAGCAAAGGGGAGGUGGAGGAAUAUUUCCGGGACAUCGGAGUUCCCAUGACCAGCGUGCGGCUGGCCUGCUAUUUUGAGAACCUGCUCUCCUACUUCCUGCCCCAGAAAGCUCCAGAUGGAAAGAGCUACUUGCUGAGCUUGCCCAUGGGUGAUGUGCCCAUGGACGGCAUAUCUGUGACCGACCUGGGUCCCGUGGUGCUAAGCCUGCUGAAGAUGCCAGAAGAAUACAUCGGCCGGAACAUCGGGCUCAGUACCUGCAGGCACACGGCGGAAGAGUAUGCCGCCCUGCUCUCCAAGCACACCGGCAAGGCCGUGCGCAGUGCCAAGAUGACCCCGGAGGACUACGAGAAGUAUGACUUCCCUGGCGCCCAAGACCUUGCCAACAUGUUCCGUUUCUAUGCCCUGAAACCUGACCGUGACAUCGAACUGACCCUGAGACUCAACCCCAAGGCCAAGACACUGGACCAGUGGCUGGAGCAGCACAAAGGGGACUUUGCUGGGCUCUGACCCUGCCAUCUCUCAGCCCCGUCUGGGGGCACAGGAGAUACAGUCACAGUGAUCCGUCCUCGUGUUGCAAAAAGUUAUUUUUUUAAAUAAAGGCCAUUGUUUUCACA